AUGUUGAAAACAACUCGCACCUCGCUUCACGCACACAUGUCUGGCAUAUUGGUUGCAGACCUGCCAAAGACUUUUCGAGAUGCCGUCGCGGUGUCCAGAUAUCUUGAUAUACCAUACCUUUGGAUCGAUAGUCUUUGCAUCAUCCAAGGUGAUACAGAAGACUGGGUGCGUGAGUCGUCGCGAAUGACGAACGUGUACUCCAAUGCAUACCUUGUCAUUGCGGCAAACCAGGCAAGUGAUUCGGCGGGAGGUUGUUUCCACAUUCGUCCGUCGCGUGUUAGUGCCAACUUGGCACUUCCAGGUACUGGCCUCGUUCACGCACAACUUGGUGUGAAUAGCGACGAGCUUCUGUUUCUGAGCGCCAAGUUUUCCGACGAGCCUCUUACGAAGCGUGCGUGGGCACUACAGGAGCGAUUAUUGGCUGCACGUACGAUUCACUACAACACUGGGCAAAUGUAUUUCGAAUGUAGGGAUGGCAUAGUUGGCGAGGAUGGUUGCAAGUCUGACACGCCUUACUGCGACUUGAGUCCUAUUAUGAAUCAUACGUGCUCCACUCGCGAAGCUCUCCAGACCUGGUCGUCUAUACUCUGGACCUACGGCGACAGAAAUUUGACCGAGCCUACAGACAAGUUCCCUGCUAUAAGUGGUAUGGCAAAUCUUUUAGGCGCUAUGCUCAAAGAUGAGUACGUGGCGGGACUAUGGUCAAGCAAGAUGGUCCAAGGAUUGGCUUGGCAGGGCUUAGGGAGACAACUCCAACCUAUCAACCAAUACAUUGGGCCAAGCUGGAGCUGGGCAAGCCUUCAAGGCAUCGCAGCGCUUAAUACAGAGCCAAACUGGAGAUCAAUCGCCAUAGUAGAGGACUGGCGGGUUGAAUUGAAGAACCCUGACAAUCGGUACGGGCAAGUGAAUAGUGCAUCGAUGCGUGUUCGGGGGCCCAUAAUACAGCUAAUGGAAAGUACGAUUCCAGGCGGGGAUUAUGAUAACAGUCUCAAGCGAGCAGGGCUCAGACCGAAACCACGAUUCCGCACAAAGUACAGUGGUGAGGGCGGUGAAAUGACGCUGUACUUGGACAAUGAAGGCCAAAAUGCUUCGGUCCAGUGGGAAGAAAUGGAUAUGAAAGUGCUGCUUCUUGGUGGUUAUGAAGCAACGCCACCUGCUUCAGAAUGUGAGGCCGAGGAAGAAGCAUUGAAGAAAGAUAAGGGUAAUUGGGAUUUCGAAAUUGGCGAGGGAUUUGGUCUAGUGUUAACGUCAAAAAAUGAAAAUGGUGCUAUAUAUAUGACGAGAGUAGGAUGGAUGGCCUUGGUUUGCAGUGAAGUAAAAAGGCUAAGAGAGAGUAAAGAGGACUGGGAUACUGUAACUAUUAUAUAG